ACAAGAUGCUAGGCCAUCACUGAAGAUGGAAACCCUACCCUCCAGCCCUGGCCGCCAGCCCCACCAGCUGCAGAGACGGCUGAAGAUGACGAAGGGGACAUUAUCGUUUGGAAAGCGUCGCAAUAAGAUGCACACGUUGUGCUGCCACUGUGGCUCGAAGGCCUACCAUCUUCAGAAGUCCACCUGUGGCAAAUGCGGCUAUCCUGCCAAGCGCAAGAGAAAGUAUAACUGGAGUGCCAAGGCUAAAAGACGAAACACCACUGGGACCGGUCGAAUGAGGCACCUGAAAAUUGUAAACCGCAGAUUCAGGCAUGGAUUCCGUGAAGGAACAACACCUAAGCCCAAGAGGGCAGCUGUUGCAGCAUCCAGUUCAUCUUAAGGA